GCUUUAAUUUUGAAUUAAAUGCGCGCGCACAUACGUAUAGAUCUAUAGAUCGAUUGAUCGAUUAAUCGAAAGGAAAUGUCGAACGAAAGAUUUCAAAUACAUUUCACGAAGACAUCGAGUAAGAAUAAGAAAUAAUAUAUAAGAAAUGAUAAAUAAAUAAAAUAUAAAAUAAAAUUAUUGGAUUUGAAAGAAGAGAGCUAUUAAUUGAAUCAUUGAUAAAUAAACAAGAAGAGUAGAGAGAGGGAAGUAAAUAUAUAUAUAUGAUAUUCAUAUAGUCACGGUAGCGUCAGGGUUGCGUUGACCCUCUCUUUAAUAUAAAAGCUCUUCAGAUUCGUAUUUACAAUCAGAAUCGAAAGACGACGAGACUGAUAGUUGGUUGCGCGCGUUAGCGCGCGAUAGAUCGCGAAACUCAUGGCGAGUGUGAGUGGAAGUGCGUGCUCGAAAUCUGAAACAAUAAAGCAGAAGGAGGAAACUAGUCAAAAAAGUAAAUUAAAAGAUAAGAAUGUCGAGGAAACUCAUUCGUUAAUGGAAAAUCAUUCAUCGAGGACUAUUAAUGGCUUAUCAAAACCACCAGACGGAGGAUGGGGCUGGUUCGUCGUCCUUGCGUCCUUUCUCAUACACGUUAUCACCGAUGGAGUUACUUAUUCUUUUGGAGUUUUUUAUUUGGAGCUUCUUUAUUACUUUGAGGAAGGAAAAGGAGCUACUGCUUGGAUUGCUUCCAUACUCGUCGGUGUAACUUUAUGUUCAGGUCCAAUAUCUGGAUCCUUUGUGAAUAAAUAUGGCUGUCGAGCGGUCACCAUAGCAGGUUCAAUUCUAGCCAGUACUUGUCUAUUAGCUAGUGUAUGGGCAGGUAGUAUCAUUAUGUUAUACUUCACCAUUGGCCUUGGAACAGGUUUGGGUUUUGGAUUAAUAUAUUUACCAGCUAUAGUGAGCGUUACUUGUUACUUUGAAAAGUAUCGUUCGUUAGCUACGGGUAUAGCGGUUUGUGGUUCAGGUUUAGGAACUCUCGUUUUUGCUCCUUGUCUGGAAUCUCUUAUAUCAAAUUAUGGAUGGAGAGGAACAAUGAUGAUAUGUUCUGGUAUUGUUUUGAAUUGUAUCGUACUCGGAGCUUUUUUCAGACCACUCGAAACUCCAAUUCCUAAAAGGAAUCAUAAGUCAGAGGGAAUAUAUCAAGAAUUACAAAGUAAAGAAAAAUUUACUAAUCAAGAAGAAUGUUCAAAUAAAACUAACGAUCUGAAAAAUAAUAUAAAAUUCAACGUAAUUGAUGUUGAAAAAGAAAUUAUACCAAUUUCUUUUGGUAUGAGGACUGCUUUAAGUCAGCCUGUAUUAAUAACUAAAGUCAGCAGUCACUAUAAACAGUCACUUAUAAGAGGAUUUGGAAGUGUCGAAGUGACCAGAUGUUAUAACGGAUUACAUCACGGCAGUCUGGAGAACAUUCGUAAUUAUUCCAAAUCCUUGGAUGUUGAUCAUAAAGAGGAAGUUACUCUCUCAGAUGCAUACUCUAAAAAUGUAUCAAAAAAUAUUGAAAUAAAGAAGACUGAAAAUAAUAUGGCAUUGUCCACUAAAUCUGAAAAUACAAGAGAUGUAUUUGAAGAUAUAGAGGAUACUUCUCUUUUAAAGAAUCCUAUGUUCAUUCUUUUUAUUCUUUCUAAUUUUUGUACCAGUAUUGGAUUUAAUGUGCCUUAUAUAUACCUACUGCCACAAGCAGAAGAACGAGGAAUAAACAAAAGUUUAGCUAGUUAUUUACUUGCAAUUAUUGGAGUAGCUAAUACUUUAGGUCGUAUUAUUUUAGGAUAUGUAUCUGACAAGCCAUGGAUCAAUCGACUUCUUGUGUAUAAUAUCUGUCUAACGAUAUGUGGUAUUGCUACAAUAUUUAGCACCUUAUGCACCAAUUUUUAUACUUUUGCAUUUUACUGUAUCGUUUAUGGCUUUACUGCUGGAGCAUACGUAGGUCUUACUUCUGUUAUUUUAGUAGAUUUAUUAGGCUUAAAUCGUCUUACAAAUUCCUUUGGAUUAUUAUUACUUUUCCAAGGUUUUGCAUCUCUUCUUGGACCACCUAUAGCAGGUUGGUUGUAUGAUGGACUUGCUUCGUAUGACCCUGGUUUUUAUACUGCAGGCAGUAUGAUUGCUAUUAGUGGUUUAAUAUUAUUUUUUAUUCCUUUAUUACAAAAACAAGAAAAUGCAAAAAAACUGAACAGAUUAGGUGGAAUGAAUUCUCAAAUAGCAUAGACUGAAUAAAACGAUUUCACAUAUCCUUAUACACAAUAUACUUCUGAUAAUUAUAAUAAAGCGACAAUAAGAAAUUAAAGAAAGGUAAAUUUAACAAAUAAUAAUUUUCUAACAAUUUAAAUAAAGCAAUAUUGCUUUAUUAAAUUAUAAUCAUCGAAAUUAAACGAAACACUUGGAAGUUUUGUUAUCAAUAAACUUGGACUUUUAUAA